AUGGCAACAGAAAAGAGAAAAAGGAAGGAGCAUGUUCCACCAACAUGCACACAGGUUAAGCUUCCUAAGUCCCGAUGUUCUGGGAAGAAAUUCAUAACUGCCAUUGCACGCCUAGCCCCUGAAAAACAGCAAGCCAUUAGAGAGAUGGGCUUUGGGGGCCUACUGACUUUUGCUUGCCGCGAACUAAGAUAUGAGCUAUGCAGGUGGCUCAUAUCUCAAUAUGACUUUACCUACCAUAGACUUAAUAUUGAAACCGACAAUGCUAUCACUGUCAAUGAAGAACAUGUCAAUAGAGUGAUGGGCAUCCCUAACUCCGGGGUAGACGUGGUUAUCCUUAAGAGAACAGCCCCGUCCAAUCGCACAUACACUCUCAGGGUAUUGGAGCAAAACCUUGAGAACUUGCCCGUGUGUGAUGAUUUUUUAAAAUCAUUUUUAAUUUUUUCAUGUGCCACUCUACUGGCACCUAACUCAAAGCUUGAAGGAAGCCAUGACCUUUGGGACACCAUAUGGGAUGGUGAUGUUGGUGUCCAAAGGAAUUGGGCAAAGUUUCUACUGAAACACUUAGAAGAUGGAAUCAAGGAAUAUCGACAAAAGCAGCCUACUUACAUCCGAGGCUGCCUCAUGUUCCUCCAGCUGUUCUACAUGGCAUACUUCUACAUGCCAUCAGUCAAUGUUGAAGUGACCAGCCCGCUAGCUACUGCAUGGACUGACGAUGUAAUGAAAUGCCGAUUAGCAGCUGAAAUAUCAACAUUCGAUGGUUAUGGAUAUGUGCAUGUUAUUGAAGCCCGUGUCAUUGACACAUCGGAGAGUAUGCUACGAUUAGCUUCCUCUCUAGCGCGGGAUGUUGCUGCACUAUGUUCCCACCGAAGUGGAUCAGAGGGGAUAUCUUCAAUCCCUUGCCCAAAAGCACAGCACCACACUGAAUAUCAACCAAUGCGCGAAACACCGGGCAAACAGAUGUCAGUUGACGAAAUGGAACCAUAA